AUGCCCAACGGCACUACCAUCCCACCUGGGGCCGCUCCUCUACUCCCUAACCAAGGUCGAGUAGUUCAGACGGGUCCCAUGAGGAUCCUUUGUAUAGCCGAUGUUCGAGGAAACCUCAAUUCCUUGAACGAGCUUGCCAAGUCUGCUCGCGCCGAUCAUAUCAUCCAUACGGGCGAUUUUGGUUUCUACGACGAUACCUCCCUUGAACGGAUUGCCGAGAAGACCCUCAAGCAUGUUGCUCAAUACUCCCCCCUGAUCUCCGAGCCCGUCAAGAAAGCGAUCCAACAGGGCGGCCCGGGACCCGUCAAGAGCCGCUUUUCGCCCGCAGACCUGCCCCUCUCUGAGCUAUCUCAGCUGCUGAGUGGCGACAUCAAGCUCGACGUUCCCGUUUAUACAGUUUGGGGCGCUUGCGAGGAUGUGAGAGUGCUGGAGAAGUUCCGUUCGACCGAGUACAAGGUCCACAACUUGCACAUCAUCGACGAGGCCCGCUCCAUGCUCCUCGAACUUGGCGGUGUCAAGCUUCGUCUUCUCGGCCUGGGCGGCGCUGUCGUCAUGCACAAGCUGUUUGACAACGGCGAGGGCAGGACCACCAUUGCCGGCGGCCAGGGAACCAUGUGGACCACCCUCCUUCAGAUGGGCGAGCUGAUUGAUACAGCUAACAGGGUUUAUGAUCCCACUGAAACCCGCAUCUUCGUCACCCAUGCCUCCCCCGCCCGCGAGGGUAUCCUCAAUCAGCUGUCCGUCACCCUCAAGGCCGAUUUCUCCAUCUCCGCCGGUCUACACUUCCGAUACGGCAGCUCCUACAACGAGUUUAGCGUGAAUCCUACGCUGGAUCACUACCGAGGAAAGCUGGCCGCGUCCAAGGCGUCUUUCAACGACGUGUGGGAGACCGUGAAGGGUGAAGUCGAGCCGGCCAUCGCCCAGAACGAGGCUCAACAAAACCUGCUUAAGAACGCUCUCCAGAUCGUUGAGAAGAUGCCGACUACGGCUGCCGGUGGUAAUCCCUUCGGCGGCCCAGUCCAGGGACAGGCCCAGCUCGGCCAAGUCGACGAGAGUGCGUUCAAGAACAUGUGGAACUUUAACCUGGCGGAUGCCGCCUUUGGUUGGCUCGUCUUAGAGAUCCAGGACGGCCGAAUCGGGACAGAAAUGCGCGCACAAGGGUUUAACUUUUCCCAUCGGGGCGCCAAGCAGCAGCCUGGUUCUACUCCCGUUCCCGGUUCUUCUCAAUCAGCUGCUGCGCCUCCCGCCCCUGCCCCUGGCUCCGGCGCUGCCCCUAGCCCUGGGUCCGCCCAGCCUGCCCAGCCUGCCGCUCCGUCCCCUGCCGGCCGCCAAACAUCUUCCAAGGCCCCUCCAGCCCAACCCCAGUCAAGCACUCCUCAACCUGACACCGUCAAGGAGUCGGAAAAGGCCGUACCUGCCGCCGCUAACGGCUCGGCGAACGGCCCGGAGCCCGUCUCCUCUCCGGCCCCCAGCACAAUUAUCGGGCUCUUCGUGAUGAACGUGUCUUCGGAAGACCAAACACGAGAUCUAUUCGACUCGGAGCACCGGGCCAAGAUUCUGAAGAUCGAGAAGUGGGGCAGCUCCAACAAAGUGGUGCAGUUCAGCAAUGCCGAAGACCGCGACGCCGCUCUGGUUGCCCUUCCCGACGACCUCAAGACCAGAGCACACGAGGACCGCUCUCGUCCGCUAGUCAAGAUCUUCGUGCCUCGCGAGAGCAAGUUCCAACCCCGUGGCGGCGCUGGUAACUGGGGUAGCAGCCGGGGCGGCAGCGGGUCGGCCAAUACCGGCAGCGGCUACCGAAGCGCCGGAGGUGCUAGCGACUCCGAGAGUAACCGCCGUGGCCGCGGCGGUCGUGGCGGACGCGGUGGUGAACGCGGCCGCGGUGGACGAGGCCGAGGCGGUGGUCGCCAGGGAGACGGCGGUGCCUCCUCACCUGCGCCUGGGGCUUCUACCCCGGCCGAGUGA